AUGGCGCGCAACUCGGAAAAAGCGCAAUCCAUGCUCUUCCGCUUCCGCGCCGCCCAAGCCGCCGAGUCGGGUCUCUUGCCCUCGUCGUCGCUGCGGCGACCGAAAGCCCCCUCGACGAUCAACACGGUGCCGCUGUGCGAGAAAUGGCGCGGCCAGAUCCUCAAGGAAGUCAGCCGCAAGGUGACCAAGAUCCAGGACGAGUCGCUGUCGGAUUUCCAGAUCCGCGACCUCAACGACGAGAUCAACAAGCUGAUGAAGGAGAAGUGGGGCUGGGAACGCCGCAUCAGGGAGCUGGGCGGGCCGAAUUACAUGCGCGGCGGCGGCACCGUGUUCGACGACCAGGGCCGCGAGGUCCCCGGUGGAGGAAAAGGGUAUCGCUACUUCGGGCGGGCCAGAGAAUUACCCGGCGUCAAGGAGAUGUUUGAGCGCGCGGCCAAGAGGAGAGUUCGUGGCGGUGGUGAUGACGACGAGGACGCAGCCGCCAAGGAGCCCCGGCAGGAGAUCAAUCGUCGGAACCUCGACGCCAGGUAUUUCGGCUUUGGGGCGGACGAGGAGGACGCCGCGCUGUUGAAGUAUGAGCGGCGGAAGGAGAAGGAGGCCGUAGAGAGGCUGGGGAAGUUGGCGGCGGCGGCGACAGCGACGGCGGCGGAGGGUGGAGAGGGAGCGGCCGACGACGAUGACCCGGACUGGGAGCCGUUACCGGGUGAUGCGGGUGACGGCGUAAGAUGGCGGUUACCUACCCUGGAAGAGGUCCAGCAGGAGCUGAUGGAUCGGCGGAGGAGACAGUUGCUCGACAAACUCGGGUGA